AUGGGCGCAGAUGCGGCGCGGUACAGCGGCAAGACGUUUGAGUGCAAGGACGGCUCGAAGACCGGCCUCCCGCUGUCCAAGGUAAACGACGACUACUGCGACUGCGCGGACGGCAGCGACGAGCCCGGCACCAGUGCCUGCGACAACGGACGCUUCUUCUGCCCCAACCGCGGUCACCUCGGCCUCACGCUCUUCUCCUCCCGCGUCAACGAUGGCAUCUGCGAUUGUUGCGAUGGAAGCGACGAGUACGACGGCAAGGUGAAGUGCCCGGACACCUGCUACGCGCUCGGCGAGGACACCCGGAACGCCAAGAGGCUGGAGAUCGAGGCCUUCAAGAAGGGUUUGGGGAUCAGGCGCGACUACGAGGCUGAGGCCAAGAGCGUGCGCGAGGAGAAGCAGGAGAAGGUCGAAGAGCUCAAGGCCGCCCUUGCCCAGAAGCAGCAGAACGAGAAGGACCUCCAAGCCCAAGUCGACGCGCUCGAGGCCAAGGCCAAGGCUGCCGAAGAGCUGCUGGCCCAGUACAAGCCCAAGGAGACCCUCCCGGGCCAGGAGCAGGCCGAGGACCAGUCCGCCGGCGAAGAGGACGAUGAGGAGGGCCUUGACGAUGACGACGACGAGGAAGAGGAGGACGGUGAGGAGGACGAGGAGGACGAAGCCGCGGCCGCUGAGAAGAAGGAGGCCCAAGAGGAGGUCAAGGUUCUCCUGGAGAGGACCGACGACGUCAAGGAGGCUCUCGAGCAGGCCGAGAAGGACAUCGCCGAGUACAAGGCCUCCAAAGCUAGAGGCCGAGAGGAGAGGGAGGUGGGGGCCGAGGAGGGCGUUCUGGCGAGCCUGUGGCGAUUCCUCGUCGGCUUUGCUCCCUCCUCCCUCUCCUCCACCUCCUUGCCUCUCUCCGGAGAGGCGAAGAUGUCAGACUUGGAGGAGCUGCGGGACAGGCUGAGAAGCGUCCGGCGCGAGGUCGAGAACACGGCCACGGAGAUCUCCAACCUCGAGGACUACUUCAAGCUCGACAUGGGUGAGGACGCGUUCUAUGGCAUUCGCGAUAAGACCUUCGAACUGAAGACCAAC